UAAAACUUGAAAAAGUUGUUUUGUUGACUUGUAGCAAAAUAUUGGUCCUCUUUGUCUCUAAUCAUUAUUGUGAACAAGUAUCAAACAUUUAAAUUGCAAGUGUGAAUGCAUUUCUAUUUUUUAAUGUAGGUUAAACUAAAAUCAUGGGAAAAGACGAGGGAGAAGUGCUAAUUGGAAAAAUUGACGAUUGUGAUGCAGAGGUUCAUAAAACUGCACAGGAAAUGGAUAUCAUCAGACAAAGAACCAUUGCUUAUGAGUAUCUUUGUCGACUGGAAGAGGCUAAAGUCUGGUUGGAGUCUUGUCUUAAAGAAGUGCUUCCGCCUGCUACAGCAUUUGAGGAAAGUUUGCGCAACGGUGUCCAUUUAGCAAAACUAGGAAAUUUCAUAGCUCCGGAUCUUCUACCAAUAAAUAAAAUUUAUGACAUUGACCAAAGACGCUAUAAAGUAAUGGGUUUGCAAUUUAAACACACCGACAAUAUUAAUAAAUUUUUACAAGUUCUCAAAAGAACAGAACUCCCAGUGACAUUUCAGCCUGAAACAACAGAUAUCUAUGACAAUAAAAACAUGCCAAAAGUAAUUUAUUGUCUUCAUGCUUUGAGUUCGCAUUUAUUUAAAAUUGGCAAAGCACCUUUGAUUCAUGAUGUCUUUGGAAAAGCAGUUUUUACUGAUGAACAAUUGGAUUCAGUUUCUAAAGAGCUACAAAAAUGCAAACAUCCACUUCCAAUGUUCCAAAAGAUUAGUGGGAUUCUUUCCCAUAAUAAUGAACCUGAAAAUUCAGCCACUCAGAAUGCUUUGAUUGAACUUAACAAUUUGUUGGAUUCUGAAAAAUCCAUUACCCACGCAUUAUUCAAUCCUAAUUUAAAGAUAAAAUAUGUACAAAAUUAUCUGAUUGGUGAAUAUAAGAAAGUACUAAAAGCAGCAAAGUAUGAAAAAAUUCAAGUAGCCCACAAUCAUUCAUUAAACGAUAGUUAUGUGCCUGAUGAAUAUGAUGAACUUUUAACUAUAGUCGAAAUACAAGGGCACAUUACUGCUACCAAUUACAAAGCUUUAUGGAAAACUCUAUGUAUUGCGUGUAAGAAUAAUGAUGUAAGCAGCUUGCAUAAAAUAUUUACUGAGGAAUGGGUAAAAAUUAAAAAAUACGAUCGUAACAAUUUAGAUUUUUACUGUGACGUUGUUAUGGAAAUUAUUGAAUCAUGUAAAGAUAUUGAUGUUGAAAGCAUAACAAAUUGGCACAAAAUUUUUCAAAAUAUAAUCAACGAUGGAAACAGGAAGUCACUUGAGCACACUGAACAUAAGAAUGCAAUUUCCCGUGUCAAUAAAGUAUUGGAUGAGGGUACCCCAGAAGAUCUUUAUGAGGCGCUAACAAGUUCAAAGCUUGGUUUGAAUUUUAACAUAGAUAAGUAUGCUACCCCCCUAUUGUUUGAAGAAAUGAGAUUAGAAAAAUGUGAGUUAGAAAAAAAUCUUAAUGAAAGUGAAAUAGCCGCCUCUGCAUUAUAUUUGAUUGCUGUUGCUAAGGUUUCGGAAUCAGUUGAAAGGGGAGAUGAAGUAGCUGUUUGGAAUGCUUUAAAUUCAAGACAGAUACAAUUAGAAACGCUCAGACCACACUGCCGACGCCGUUAUUUAUCUGCGUUAGCAACAGCUUUACAAGUAAAAGUUAGGGAGAAGUGUGAAUGUCCUUUACUUACACUUGAAGAUAUAAGAGACAGUAUUGACAUGGUCAAUAUGAAAGAUGACGAUAACGAUGAAUUGGUUGAAAUAAUUGACAAUAUAAAUAGAGCUGUUGCAGAAGAAAAUUUAGAUAGUUUAAUACUCUUAUUAAAAAAUUCAUGUCUGAAAUUGCCAUUGACGUUGCACAAAGAGGAGUAUCAUCUGUAUAUGAGAACUUUAAAAAAACAGUUGCUACAAAAGAAUUCUGAAAAUCUCUGGUUUGACGAUAUUGUUAACGCUAUUAGUGAAGUUAACAAUGAAUCUUUAAAAGCAAAAGAGUUGACUGAUGCAAUAGUACAACUUAAUUUAGCUAUUGUGAAAAAUGACGUAAAUGAGUUUUGGAAAGCCAUGACAUCCACCCAACUAUCUAGCUUAGGUAUUGUCGAAGGAUCAUGCAAAGAUGUGUAUUUUCAAAUGUUUUCUAGAGCUUUAAAGAAAAAGGGACAGCACAUUUGUCCAUGGAUUGUAUGCCAUACAGAAGCAGGAAAUACUAUAUACAUUGAUGUAGAGUCAUACACCUAUAGUUGGACUACUCCCAAAGAUUUUGUUCCUUAUGCCCGAUACUUGACAAAAAAAGACAUUAAAGCCGUAAUCGAAAAGACUAACAAGCAUCACAUUAAUGCCUACAGGCAAAAAGUUUUAGAGAAAUCCAUCACAAGAUUUCAAGCAUAUUGUAGGGGUUACUUAACGAGACAAAAAGGCAAAAGGCUGAAGUUCUUUAGGUAUCACACUGAUUAUGUUAUUAAGAUUCAAGCGUGGUGGAGGCGAGUUAUGAUUCAAAGGAAAUAUGCAACACUGUUCAGAAUGAAGGCUAUAGAAGCAAAGCUUAAUAGAGAAAGGAGGCAAAACCCUUGGGCAUGGUAUAAAUCUCAGGAACAGAAAAUUAUAAAAAUUCAAGCUCUUUGGAGAGGCAUUCGUGCUAGGAACGCAUACAUUUCGCUUUUUCAUUCGCCUAAUCCACCUUUACGUGUAGUUAAAAAGUUUGUCCCCAUGUUAGACUUCACUACUGAAGACUAUGACAGAGAGAUAGAACUACAAAGCCUGAAAUCAGAAGUUGUUCAAUCAAUACGUAAAAAUCAAGAGCUUUCUAAACAAAUUGACGAUAUGGAUCUAAAAAUAGGUCUACUGGUUCAAAAUCGCAUAGCUUUGCAAGAGGUCGCGGCUCAUGGUCUGAAGUUAAACAAUUUAGUGAAACAUAACACGACAACUUUAGUUUUAAAUCGAAGCGGUAAAGGUCCUUUUAUGACAGUUUCCACUGCUGUUAAAGGUUUGAAAUCAUUAACAAAGGAAUGUAAACACCUAUUAGAUGGUUACCAACAUUUGUUCUAUUUAUUACAAACAAAUCCUACGUACUUGUCCAAACUUUUAUUUUGUAUACCACAAAAUAAAACAAAUUCUUUUUUACAAAAUGUCGUAUUGAGUCUUUACAACUUUGGAGCGUACGCGAGAGAUGAGUAUUUACUGUUGAAACUGUUUAGAUUUACUCUAGAAGAAGAAAUAAGUUGCAAAGUCGUUAAACCAUUCGAUAUAAUAGCGUCUACUCCAUUGGUUUUAAAGAUGGCUGUUAGUCUGUCACGACAACUUUCUGGUUUAAACAGCCUCGAAACGAUUAUAGGACCAUUGGUGGAAAUGAUUAUACAGGACAAAGAUUUGAACAUAGAAACGGGACCGGUGGAAAUAUACAAAGCUUGGAGGAAUGAAAUGGAAAUGACGACGGGACAAAUUUCAAAACUCCCACAUACUGUGUCACAAGAACAAGCUCUGACAUACCCAGAAGUUAAGUCGCGUUUGGACAAAGCACUUAAACAGCUCAAAUCUGUUGUGAUCAUAUUUUUGGACAAAAUAACUAGUUCAACGGAACUUAUACCUUUUUGUAUAACAUACAUGGCGCGUGUUUUACAUCGCUCAUUAACUUCCAAAUUUCCCCAUACACCGGAAAAAGAUGUUUUAAAGGUGAUAGGUAAUUUGGUUUACUAUCAAUUUUUUAAUGCGGCUAUAGUGGCGCCUGAUGCUUUUCAUAUUAUAAACAUGCCGAAUGGCGCCAGAUUGACGACGGAUCAGCGAAAAAAUUUAGCUUCUGUAGCGAAAAUUCUACAUUUCUCGGCUGCUAAAAAAGGAUUUGGAGAAGAGUCCAGUCACCUGCGCUGUUUGAACCCGUUCAUAGUGGAAUGCCACGAGAAGAUGAAGGAGUUGUUCCGGCGAUGCUGCCGCGGGCCCACGCUCGAGGAAUACUUCGCUGUGGAUGAGUACACGGAAGCCACUCUGCUUCACCACCCACACAUAUAUAUUACGGUUCAGGAAAUCGUCGAUACACAUGCUCUACUCAUAGAAUACCAAGACAUACUAGCGCCUGACCCAACUGAUCGACUAAACGAACUACUUGAUGAUUUGGGUGAAGUACCCACUGUUUCACAACUGGCUUCCCGGGAUGUUCCUUCACAAAUGGGAGAAGCCGAAGAGAACGCGAAAUUAGAAGUGUGUCUCGCGCUCGUUAACAAAUUCCAAGCGCCAACAGAUGACAUGACUGAUUUAAACAAACUCUUCAUCAAAUCGAAAGAGUUAUGUGUUGCAAUCAUCCCGUUUUUAAAUGGUGAACAUCUAUUAGAAGCCUUGUGCAUUGGCACUACGAGAGCACAACAGGAACAAUACCGGGAGAAAGUCCAGAAACGCAUUUACUCUGGUCAAGCACGUCCUGACGAAGCGAUGAGCUUACGCGAACACAUUGCGAAAUUACGUCGCAACCUGCAAAUGCUCGAAGAUGAAGGUUACGUGACGCGCGAAGAUGGAUAUCAAGCACUUAUCACAUCCAUAGCCCUCGAUCUCUGCAAUAAAGGGAAAUAUAGGCAGGCGCAAAGAAGAGCAUUAGCAACCUUGUCCCGAACGAAACUCAGCUUGAUGGAAAAGACAAAGUAUUAUGAAGAGAAGUGCAAGUCGUAUGACCAGUACAUAAAGUCCUGUUUGGCUAACCUUCAUGCUGGAAAAAGAAGUGUACACGCGUGCCUGAGAUCAGGAAAAGAUAUUAAAAAAAUAAAGUCUAAAUUGACGAUAAAAUAUUCUGCUGCAAAGCUUUUGGAAAGAGGAGUGUUACUAGAAAUUGAUGGACUCGCCACCUCUCAGUUCAAGAAUGUGCAGUUCGAAAUUACGCCAACGAAUCACAACGGCGUUUUCACUGUCAAAGGGAAAUUCAUGGGCGUAGAAAUGGAAUCUAUCGAAAUAGAUAUUCAAGAUCUGUUACAGAAGCAGUAUGAAGGCUGCUCCAUUAUGGACAUGUUCGGAAAAGCGAAAAUCAACGUAAACUUACUUAUUUUUUUGUUAAAUAGCAAGUUUUAUGGUAAGUCAUAAGUAUAGUUUAGGUUGUUGUAAUUUAUUUACUUUGAUAUCCGUAAAUUAUUUUAUGAUUAUUUUACAGUAAUGAAAGCUUAGCUAGAUUUCUACAGGAAAUGCAAGAUAAUAAUUAUGAAUUAAGUAUGUGGAUUUUGUGGAUGUGGAUUUGGAUCGCCUUUCUUGGUUUUUUGACUAACAUAUAAGUAUGCUUUGUUUGUGAUAUCUUGAAGGAUCCUAAACAUGAUUGUGAUGUGUAAUAUAUUUUAAAGUGACCAAGAAAUUUCAUCUUAUUUAGAAUUCAAUGAUUUGUUUGUAGGUCUUAAAGCUUUUAUAAUUUUUAUAAGGCCUAUUUUUUUUUUAUUAUUAAGUUAAUACCAAAUAUUUUUGAU